AAAUUACUGAGGGAAAAGAAAAUAUAGUCUAUUUACGCCCAGAAACUUGUCAAGGAAUAUUUGUUAACUUUCCAUCUAUUCAAAGAAGUGCACGCCGACAACUGCCUUUUGGUAUUGGCCAAAUAGGCAAGAGUUUUCGGAAUGAAAUUACUCUCCAUCACGGAAUUUUCCGCACCCGCGAAUUCGAGCAGUUGGAGUUAGAAUUUUUUUGUCAGAAAGAGGAAAUAGACUUGAAAAAUGAAGAACUACCCCAUUAUGCUAAAAAAACCCAAGACCUUUAUUUUCAAUACCAUUUCGGUUGGGGAGAAGUAUGUAGCAAUAGCCACCGCGGCAAUUACGACUUAUCUCAGCACAGUCAACAUUCCGGAAAAGAUUUUCGGAUUAAUGGAAUUAUUCCCGAAGUAGUGGAAAGUUCUUUUGGAGUAGAAAGAUUAAUGUUAGCCAUAUUAGAAGACAGUUAUCAGAAAGAAACCAUAAAAAAUUCUCAGGGCGAGGAAAGCGAAAGAGAAGUAUUGAAAUUAUCUCCGCUGUUAGCACCCUAUUUUGUGGCAGUAAUUCCUUUGGAAAAGUCUUUACGAGAAAAAUCCCACCAGUUAUAUUGCGAAUUAUUGAAAAAUCCUCUUUUUUCAGUUGCUUAUGAAGAAACUGGCAAUAUUGGCAAUCGCUAUCGCCGCCAAGAUGCCAUUGGCACCUAUUAUUGUCUCACGCUUGAUAAGCAAACGCUCCAAGACCACACAGUUACCCUCCGCCACCGUGAUAUCUAUAUGAAAAGCACUGACAGAAAUUUAUCACCAAAUAAGAAAAAAGAGCAAGGUAGUGACACCUUACUUUAUAUUCUUUUGCUCAUGUUGGUUGCUUUAUUAGUUGGUGAAUUAGGAAAAUUUUCAGCUUCUCCCACGGCUAAUGAGGUUAUUAAAUUAAUCCAAGGCAAUCGAAAUCGUCACAAAACUGCAAAAAGAAUUUUUGCAGGUGAAAUGCGAGGACGAGUCUUGACUGACAAGGAAAAGAAAGAAGUGAAAAAAGAUUUAGAUAGUUUUAAUAAGGAAUGGGCAAAACUUUUGCAUGGUCUCGAAAUAGAAGUUAUUGAAAAAGAAAGUCCGGCCUUUUUAGCCAAGCUCUAUUCUGAACUUUAUGAACAAGGUAAAGUAACCACCAGACUGAAACAUAAUACCUCAGUUAGUCGUCCCCUAGAAGAAUUAAGAAAACAAGAACAAAUUCAAAAAGUGUGGGAUAUUCCAGACCAAGAGGCUGAGUUAAUAAAAGAUGAAGCGGAAAAAGAAUUAAUUGGUAAUGAACUAGGAAAGUAUCCACCUUUGAAAGAAUUUGUGGUGCCAAUAUAUCAUAAGGGGGAAAAGGUUACUAAACUUACCCCUGAACUAAUUAAUGAAUAUAAAACAGAAGUGGAAUUUGAGGAAAAAGAUGGGACAAAUAAAAUCAUCGACUACGGUAUGCCUUUAAAAAUUGAAUUUGAUGGCUAUAGUGGAUUCUUGACCGAAGAGGAAAAAAAGAAUUCGGGCGAGGGUAAGGAAACCUUUGGAUUAACCACAUCUACUGGUACAAACUUUAUUUACAACCCAAAACAUAAGGUAAAAUUAGAUGAAAAAACCAAUGAACCAGUAGAGGGUUCAUUAAUUCCGCGGGACUACUAUUUAGUUAAAGCAAUUUGUAACAACUUUCGCGACAUAAAGAUUGGAUUUGAAAAGAAAAUGUUUUUCAAUCGAUUAGAAUGUUUAGAAACCAUGGCUCACGAAUUGGCUCAUGCGAUAAUUAACACCUUUGAGGGAGAUUAUAAGGGGGAAGAAGGAGGAGAAAAGGCAGAAAAGGAACAGAAAGAAUUGGCAAUCGGCAGUAUUAAAGUUGAUAAGCAAAGUCAUUGGGAUGAAUGA